UUGCCUCGAGGCAAGAAUCUAAUAGCUACGGCAUCUAAAGUUCGUGUAAACGUAAUGUUGAAGCUGCAGCGGCUUCUGAUCGGUAGCUCAAGUUCCCGCUAAACCCAAUAUUAUUGGGGAGUGGAGACGUAGCCGCGUUCUCUCUCUCGAGACGGCUUUCAGGGAUAUUAUGCGACCGAUAUCGACGUAUCCUAUAGCGCCGGCGCCACCCACGAAAAGAGGGAGAUACAGAGGUGCACAGAAAGAGAAACAGAGAUACGCAAAGGGUCGAGCCAGAGAGAGGGAGGGUUCUGUUCCAGCAUCUCUCAUACUCGACUCUUUCCGCCUCAGUGCGAGGAUGGACCGGCGUUGCGACGCUACGCGUCGUCGACUCUUGUCGAGUACACGGAUCGUCGGCCAAUAAUCAGAAGAAAAAAAUUAAAAAAAAAAAAAGAAAAAAGAGACCAAAAAACAGGAGGGAACAUGUAACGGUUUCGUGAUACACUCGCAACAAAGCAAAUCACAAAAGUCUUCCAUUAGCGUGUAGAUUAUUAUAUACAUACAUAUAUAUUAUAUAUUAUAUGUUUUAAUUUAAUCGUAAGUGAUCGAUCGGCGUGUAAUGUGUAAUUUAAGGUACGUAAAUUGAAUUUGAAAAAAAGAAGAGAAAUCUCUCGUGCUCGUAUAUUAAUUCAUUCUUAAUAAUGAAAUUUGAAAACGCACAUGUUCCGUAUAAAUACGCACAUCUAUUAUAAAAUUUGCUAAAUCAAGAAAAUCGUAUUGAAAAGAAUAAAAGGAUAAAAGGAAAUUCGAAAAUUCCAACGCAGAGGGCUGGCACGCGAGAAGAUUUAACAGAAGAGCAUAAAAUCUCCACGUGUCUAGAAUCGAUUACAAGAGAAGAGAAAUCAGAAAAUUUAGAUGGGAUUCGAAAUUUUUCUAUGAUAAAAAAUCCACGUGUCUCCAGGUCGAUAAAUCGACGAUAAUUAAUUAAGGCGUCUUGCUUCUCUAACGCACUCGGUGUGCAUGAGUCGAAGUGUGGCGACUAUAGUGUGCCUGAUACGAAGUCUUCCUUAGUGUGUAAGCUAGAAUAAAAUUACGAUAUUCCUAUAUUCUUACACGAGUCGCUAAGAUAUAUCUAUAUCUAUACAAUAUACAUACGUAUUACUAAUUAUAUAAACUUACAAAAGUUUCGAAGAAACAGUUUUAAGAGAAAAUACUUACAAAAAGUUUUUAGAGAAAUCAACGUUAAGCAGGUUAAUUUCUCAAAUAAUAAGCAAAAAGUUAGUUGAUUCGAGGAGAGAGUGGUUUCAACGACGAUUACUAUUGGGAGAAACAAUCGAUCAAGCGACGAAAAAUUUUCCUCGAUGAACAAGGAAAGAUAGGAACAGAGAGAAAAAAAGGGAAAAGAGAAGGAAAGAAUCCAGAGACGAAAAGUGACGUUUUCAUCAUCGCCGCCGGAUGAUUGUUCUCGGUAGGAUAGCAGAAUCUGUGAAUACGGUGCUGGUGUAAUCGGGGGAGGAAGCCAUUACCUUCGCCUCCAGCCCUCAUCCCCCUUCCGGCCGCCUAAACUAUCAAAGCCUGGCUCGAGAAAGGGAUUAAGCUGCAUCGGAACUGCUCGCACGCCCGUCGCCCGACCGGCAGAGCUCCUUAGCGUAAAUUAGCGGCCGAUCGUGCUUAAUGCUCAUCUAAUUACCCGGCCGUAAAUUAUUCAAACCCAUAGUUUGUCCUCCAGGGUUGCCACUGGCUGGCCAAGCAAAUUACUCGAUAAAUGAGAUGAAACUUAUUGGCAAGCGUAUUGAGAAACGCGUAACACGUUAUUAUAAAUCUUAUUAUUAAAAAAAGAAGAAAUCUUAUAAUAUGUUAUGUCUGGUAAUUUGGAAACAUUUAUGCAUUAUACAGAAUAUGAAAGAAACUUGGAACAAUUAUCAAGAUGUAUUUUAAUAAAGGGAUCAAAAAAAAAAAUUGAUUACAAUAGAAGAGAGAAUUCGCAAUAAGAUUGAAAUUUCAAUUAUAUAUAUAUUAUUCAUUGAAAAAAUCGAGAAGAAGGAGAAACUUUUCUAUUAAGGAUUUCGAAACGAGGAAUGACCAUGUCUGUGACGGUAGCUCCUUUGAAACCAGCUCGUGGACGAGGUCCGGCUGAUGGCCGAGCAUUUUUCGAAACACUCUGGAGAGGGAAUUUCUUCUUGGAUAGACAGAAGGUGAUGAAACGAUCGCGAAAACGAAAAUUGCAAGCGGCAAAUGGAAAAAAGCGUGCACAGCUGCAGAUGCGACAGCAUUGUUGCUGCUGUCAGCGCAUACAACUCCACCUCCUCGCCGGACGGCGAAGCAACAUGCGCUCCGUUGUUAGUGUAAGAGAGACGCACCAGAUCGCCGAGGCGCAGCAAGAGAAAAAUGCAAAGCUACGCGAGGCAUUUGGGAUAUCGGAGUUCUUCGUAGAGGGAAGUAGCCUAGAUCCGGAGAGGCACGCACGCGAGGCGGAGGCAAGAGCGGCGGCGAGCAAAGUGUAUGAAUUAGUACGAACUCCGAGUCCAGCACCGGACACCGCGUCCGUCCCGGAGAAGAAAAAACGAAAACGGUCCGGUAGUGCAAUUAAAAAGAAAAAGGGAAAGAAGCAUAAGAAGGAAAGGUCGGAAUCACCGAAGGCUAGCAAGAAGAAAGAAAAAUCUAAAAAAAAGAAAAAGGAAAAGAAACAUAAGAAGACUGAGGCUAGUUCUUCUGACAGUGAUUCUAGUGAAGCUUCAGAUGAUAGCAGUUCUUCCGAAACUGAGUCAAAGAAGAAAAAGAAAAAGAAGAAGAAGAAGUCAAAGGCAGAGGCAAAAGAAAAGCAUGAGAAGAAAAAAAUAGCCGUCAAGAGGAAGCAUCAGUCAUCCGAGAGCUCGUCAGAUAGCUCUCCGGAAAGGCCGAAAAAGUCUAUGAAACAUGACAAAACUGUAGAAAAAACUAAGAACGACGAGGCGGAGAAUACGACUAAAGAACCUCGAUCAAAUCGCUCACCAAAGAAGCAAGAGAAAAGUCGGAAUGAAACUCCUCCUGUUAAAAGGAAAGAUUCUCCUAUCAAAAAACCUGCGCCAGAGAAAAAGGAUAAAUCACCGGUUGUGCACAAGAGUCCUCCGCCAAGGCGACAUAGAUCUCCCUCAAGAAGUAAAGUUGAUAGAGGAAGGUCUCCUAGAAGAUAUUCAAGAUCACGUCGAAUCAGUCCUUCCCCAAGAAGGAGGAGGAUUUCAAGAUCUCCAAGAAGAUACAAUAGAUAUUCCGUAUCCAGAAGCAGAAGUCGAUCGAGGUAUGAUCGUUAUGGAUCACGACGUCGAUUAUCACCACCUCCUAGACGUAGAAGAUCUGAUUCUCGAAGGAGGUCGAGGUCGCCCAGGAGACAAAGGGAUAGGCGAGAAAGAUCUAGAGAUCGUCGCAAGAGUCGCAGUAAGACCAGAAGUAGGUCUAGACGAUCUACCUUAAGUUAUUCUCCCGUGAGGAAAAAUCCGGAACGCUAUAAACAUAUAUUAGAAGAGAAGAAGAAACGAGAUCAAAAGAAGAAUCACGACACCAAAAGAAAAUCCCGGUCAAGCUCCAAAGUGAGAAAAAUGAGAACAAUUACACCGAGAGUCAGGCUACGUUCCUCGAGCGAGGAUGAAACAGACAUAGCAGACGAUGAACCAAAAGCAGAGGACGAAGAAAAAAUGAAGGAAAUGCAUACGUUAAAGCGAUUGCAGAGUGGAUUAGCAGCGAAGGCUAGAGAGACUCUUGGCAAAAAGGUAAUAAGUCCAGUAAAGAUCAAAGUUGAGAAGAAAGAAGAUAACGUGUUGGAUAUAGCUUUACCAAAUGACCCGCCCAAAAUAGUACAAAAUAUUGUUGGUCCUGUGCAAGAAAAGUCUAAGUCAAAAUCACCUAUAACUCACCUACCUGCUAUUCAGUCUCCAGUAUCCAGCAGAUCACCCUCGCCAGCUUUGCCACUGACUAGAGAAGAAGCAGCUAUAAAAAUACGAUCUCCCAGUGAGUCACCUCCUCCGUUACCAUCAGUCUUAAAUAAAGUAGAUUCAAGGUCACCAAGCGUGACAGUUAAGACAAAUCAUUGUUCUAAAUCUCCGACGAUUACCAAGAAAAAUUCACCAGUUACAUCAAGGAAACACUCGUCACAGAGCAAAUCGUCCUCGCACUCGCCGCUCUUGUCUGUCUCUCACAAAGACACUACUAUAAAAUUGCGUUCUCCGAGUGAAUCUCCGCCUCCGAUUCCGACUAAGUUAAAACAAAGGUCCGCGUCACCAGUUACAUCAAAAAAGAGUUCUCCUGUAUCUAGAAAGCACUCUCCAAGGGAUAAGUCUUAUUCCAGAUCACCUUCUAGGUCAUAUACGAGAUCUGUAUCGUUGGAGAAGAGGUCUUCCAGAUCGCCUCGGCGUCGUUCUAGAUCGGUCUCUAGAGACAAGAAAUCGGCAUCUCCUAGACACAGGUCUUCAACAUCGCCGUCAAGAUCGAAAAAGUCACCCAAAUCCCCGGCGAGGUUGAAGAGACUGAGCAGAUCAAGGUCUUCUUCGGGAUCGAAACGAUCAGUAUCUAGAUCUCUGUCACGUUCGAAAAAAUCUCCGUCUCAUUCCGCGGAAAAAUCGAGGUCUAGAAGUAGGACCAGAUCAUUAUCAAAAGGAUCUAGGAGCCGAUCUCUAUCGAAGAAAUCUCGAAGCAGAUCUUUGUCAAAAAAAUCACGCAGUCGAUCAUUAUCGAAAAAAUCCAGAAGUCGGUCGCUGUCGAAGAAGUCGAGAAGCCGUUCGCGCUCGUUGUCCAGGGUAUCGCGAGAUAAAGAUAAGAGAAGCCACAGCAGGAGCAGUUCACGUUCUUCUUUAAGUUCAAGGCAUAGUCGUAGAAGUUUCUCUAGCUCGUCACGGUCAUCAAGCAGCGUUUCUAGUAGAUCUUCUCGUUCAACGUCCAGCAGUUCAGUUUCUAGCAGAUCUCGGUCUCCGUCGAUACCUCGACGUCACGGCUCACCUAGUUUUCUCGAUAGACGUCGUAUCACAAGCGCCAGGAAACGACCAAUUCCAUAUCAUCGACCUACUCCGACACCACCUUCGUCACCGAGUAGUUCAGAUAGCAGCAGACAUAGUAAUUGGUCAAGUCCAAGUCAUCGAUCAAGUUGUUCCCCGAGUCGAAGUCCAUCAUACACGCGUUGAAGUGAUCAAGCGGAUCCCUAAAGACUAGACGUUCCUUUUAUGUAUCAGAUUUGGAAUGGUGCGGAUCAUGGAGAUCCUUCGAUGCUUUUUUCUUACGAUCUUACGUCAUGUUAAAUGGUGUUUAUAAUGUUGGAAAUUGGCGCAGUUGUAAAGAAAGGUUUCACUGUAUUUUUUCGUAUCAGAAAGGUACGAAGAUAAUACACCAUUCUGAGUUUGGUGCAUGAUCUUUAAAUCUUUGUAAAUUAUUAAUAUGCAUUCACAUGUCUGAUCUUGUAACUUAACAAUACUCAUUGGUGAUGGUUCGCCAUAAUGCCAUCAGCUUCAGUAUUAGUAACACUAACGUUAUUUCUAUUGCUCCAUUUUUAUUUUAGAUAGAUAUUAGGUAAGAAUGAUUUUAAUGUACUUACAGCAUGAUAUUUAUAUUUAUAUGGAUCUAUGAUUUAUUAUUAGCGAAACGUAUUGUCAAAGAAAUGAGAGAUUUAAAUUUGUCUGUUAUUCAUUUUUUAAUUUUGUAAAUUGGAACAAGAUUUGGAAGCUAAAAAUGCAAGAAUAAUCAGAAGAAAUAUUUUAAUAGUAGGAUCAGUAUAUGGUAAAAUUUUAUAACAGUCAUUUUUGGAAGUACAUUAUCUUCAUUAAUUAUGUUGUCUCACGGUCUCGUGAAUUUUAUGUCUUCAUAAAAUAAUGUUUUUCUAAGUACUUAAGCAAUAAGAAGGCAAUGAUAAUUAUGUAUAAGCAUCAUGAACUGUGUUGAUUCCAGCUUCUUAAGAUCUCGCAUUAUUAUUCAAUAAUAAUUUUAUUAUAUGAAGAUUUAUUUAAAACUACUUUAGUAGUUCAACGUCCGCGUGAUGAUUUAAUUAUAUUAAUUGUUUGUUAUACAAACACCAGCUAGUCAAAUUUUAGACAUUCCAUUAGUAAUUAAUGUACUUUACUAAACCAUCCUUCGAAUUGAUCUAUUCAUUUUUCAAGGAAGUAAUAAUUAAUAUUUUAGUGCAAUGUUCUACAUCUGUUCCUUUUGUAUAUAGGUAUUAUCGUGCUUAGCACUGUGCUCAUUUGCCAUAUUGAUUUAUUUAUUUUCUGACUUAUAUAUUUGUUUAUUUAUUUAUUUAUUUAUUUAUUUAUAUCACGAAUAGCUAGUCAUUUAUCAAUUUCGAAGACAAGAAAGUGUAUAAAAGUGAUGUUAAACUUUUAAACUUUCAUUUACUGGCAAUACUCAAUUUAUCUGAAUGCUAGUCAGGAAGUUUUCAUUUGGCUGUAAGGCCAGGCAGCGUACCAAAAGACAUAAUUAGAUUAGUCUUGAUUAUUCAAAGUUAAGUCUUGAAAAUGUAUGUAUAGGGUUAAAAAAUCAUAUUUGAAAAGUCUACAUUGUUUAUAAUUAGAAAGAAGAACUGUAGAAUUAGCUCUUACAUAAUGACUGACUCAGUUUUAUUGGAGGAAAAAAAAUGUCAAUUGCUAUGGUGUUGCAAUAUUAAUUCUCCUCUGAUGCAUAUCUAUAAAACUGA